AUUGGCUUUUUGGUCGGGCUACGGGCUCGGGCAGCCGGGUCGGCUACCGGCGGUGGUGCCGGGGUUGGUCUGGUGACAAUGGAGACUGCUCCGGCGGGGGCAGCGUGCUUGAGGAUUGAUUCCUUGGGCUCGAUUCCGCGCAGGUAGGAACCCAGGACUAGAUGAGCAACCCAGAGGCAGUGAUGCGGCGUGAUGUGGAUGACUUAAGGCUGACAUCGGGCUUGGACGGUCCUGCCCGGCCCAGAGCUCCACUCGUCCUGCUGCCCGGCUCUACGCUCCGCUCGUCCCUCCUGCUCGGCUCAGAGCUCCACUCGUCCUGCUGCCUGGCUCUGCGCUCCACUCGUCCUGCUGCCCGGCUCUGCGCUCCGCUCGUCCCUCCUGCUCGGCUCGGCCAGCCAAGCCGAGCCCGAACCCCGCGACAACGACGUGCGGAAAGCGACGUUCAACAAAGACUUGGUGAAAGCAAUAGGAUGAAAGGGACAAGACCUAAGGACAGCGGCAAUGGUACGGGCGGCAUCGGUUCGACUCCGGACACAGUCCAGGCGCUGUUCGGCUUGGGGGUGACCGCGGAGCAGCUCCAGGCAGCCGUUGCGGCACUUUCCGCCAUGGGUGGGAACGUGCACGGCGCCGGAGUUGGCAAAGCUCCGCCCAAUCUCCAUGCCGAACAUGCUGCCACUUCCCAACACAAGGGGAAGAAGACCCGGAGGAGUAGAAGGAGGCCUGGCAAGGCCCCGGCAAUCGAGGAGGUGAUUGUGGAGGACGUCCCGGAUGAGGAGGACGAUGAGUCCAGCGAGUGCCGAGUGUCAGCCUUCAAGCGCUUAGGAGGGGAAGAGACCCGGGUGUCGGCCUUCGACAGGCUCGACCGCGGACCGGAAGUUUGCCCGGGCGACCUCCGCCGACAAAUAGCCGAAGGCAGGCGGAGGCAUGCUGAGGAGUCCGCAACAUCGGAUGCUCGCUCGGCGAGGUCCGAGCGGAGCGGAGAGAGGCGGGAGGAGCGCACCCAGCGUCGCCAUAGCCCGACGAGAACUGAGAAGACAAAGGUCUCUGACCAAGGAGUGUCUCGGCUCGCACGUGAGGUUGCCGAGCUUAAGCGCCGAGUGGAGACCAGGGCUCCCUACAGCCAGCCCAUCUUGCGGACGGUAACCCCGUUCACUCCGAGGGUUAUGUCGGUCCCGCUGCCGGCAAACUUCCGGCCGUGGCAGAUCAAGGCCUACAACGGAACGACGGACCCCCAAGAUCAUUUGUCUAAGUUCUAUGCUUCUAUGGAAGCGGCGGCUGCCCCGGACGAGGUCAAGUGUCGAUGCUUUCUCGCGACGCUGGAGGGCUCCGCGUGCGAUUGGUUCAACCGGCUCCCGAAGGGAACUAUUGACGAUUGGGAUACACUGGCGGAGAGGUUCUUGACGCAUUUCGCGGCAAACCGAAGGCAGAGGCUCCCUUACUCCCACCUGCUCAACAUAUGCAUCCGCAAGGGAGAGAAGGUCCGCGACUUCAUAGUCCGGUGGGAACAGGAAGCCAGAGACGUGCAUGGGGCGGAUGACCAAGCGUUGGUGGCCAUGUUCCAAGCAGCCCUUCCCCGCGGAGAAGUGAGGAAGGAGCUCCGCAAGAAUCCUCCCCCCACGUACCAAGAGACCUUGGCGCGCGCUAAGUUCCUAGCCUCGGAGGAGUUCGAUGAUGUUCCCGACUCUGAGCCCGCGCCCGCCAAGCGAGCUCCUGCAGACUCCAGAGAGGCCGCGAAGAAGAGAAAGAAGAAGAAAGAUUACACCGCGGGCCCGAGGACGCCUUCGGCUGGUGUGUACUCCGUGGGUGCGCCCGUGGGGACGGGUCGAGAGCUUGCCCUCUUCUCGCUCCCGCAUAAGGAGAUGCAGAGACUCAUCGCCCGAGGGCCGCCUCCCCGAGAUGAUGGAGCAGCCCCAUCUCGGGGGCCGCCGGAAGGAAGAACUUGGAGAAAUCCGGCCGAACCGGUCGCGGUGGCCACGCAGGCAAGGAACCCCGAGAAGAGGCACAUUGGGCGAGAGUGUGAUGAUCUAGACGAGGACGAAGCCCAAGGAUAUCUGAUGGGAUUCUUCCAUGGAGGAAACAUUGGCGGGGACUCCGUCGCUCAAAGGAAGAGGUGGAAGCACAUGGCCUUCGUCGCCAAAGUCCAUCAGGCGCCGGCGCCCAAGAACGGAAGACGUGAGCAAAUCCAAUUCACGGAGAAGGAUCUUCCGAACACGCCGAGCCCCCACCGGGAUGCCUUGGUCGUGAAGCUGGAGAUUAACAAUGCCAUAGUGCACCGCACCUUGGUGGACACGGGAAGCUCGGUCAACAUAAUGUAUGAGAAGACCUUCCAAGACCUCGUCUUGGACCGCAAGGACUUAAGGCCUGUGUGCACUCCACUCUCCGGGUUCACGGGGGACUCCAUCGAGGCCGAAGGAGUCAUCGCCGUGCCCGUGAUAGUAGGGGAUGGUGCGCACAAGGCCAAGCUGAAGAUGGAGUUCAUGGUUGUAAGCAUCAACUGCGCGCACAACAUGAUCCUAGGACGGCCCGGCCUUGAGGACUUGGAAUUAGCCGAAAAGACGGUCCUGGCCGUGGUUUCAACUGUGCAGCGGCUAACACCCUACUUCCAAGCUCACCCGGUUCAGGUGCUCUCCCAACAACCCAUAGGAGCGCUGCUCAGGAGCCCGAACGCGCCCUCGCGCAUGUCCAAAUGGGCGGUGUUCCUUGGAGCUUUCCAGAUCGAAUUCAAGCCAAGGCCAGCGAUCAAGGGCCAAGCGCUAGCUGACUUCGUGGUGGAGUGCACCGCUCGGGAGGAGCCGAGCCUCGAAGAGCCGGAAGCCGACGACUGGUGGAUAGUUUUUACCGACGGCUCCUCCGCCGCCAAAAACUCGGGGGGUGGAGUGGUAGUCAUCGCGCCCGAAGGCUUCAGAGCGUAUUACUCAAUUCGAUUCAGUUUCAAGGCAUCAAAUAAUGAAGCGGAAUAUGAAGCGCUCUUGUGCGGGCUACGCCUAGCAGUCGGGAUGAACGCAACAAAGCUAAGGGUAAAGUGUGAUUCAAAGCUGGUGGUUGGCCACGUCUCGGGAGAGUUCGAGGCGAAGGACGAAAGAAUGAAGAAGUACCGAGAUACCGCUCUAGAGUUACUUAAGAGUUUCACCGCGUAUAGUGUGGAGCAGAUCCCUCGGGCGGAGAAUGCCGAGGCGGAUAUCUUGUCGAAGCUGAGCUCGGACACGCCCGAGCACAUCAGGCGGAUGGCGAACGUGGAAGAGUUGUCCGAGCCGAGCAUCCGUGCCUUCCACGUGGCGAUGAUCUGUGCUCGGCCAAGAGAUUGGAUGGACGACAUAGUUGCUUUCUUGAAGGAUGGCGCCCUCCCGGACGAUGCAAUAAAGGCCAAGUUGGUCCGGACAAGGGCACCUGGGUACACUUUGGAGGGCGAAAAGCUAUACAAGCGAGCAUACAACGGUACGCUGCUCAGGUGCCUCCGACCAGCUGAAGCGGAGCAGGUCAUGGAGGAGGUGCACGCGGGGAUCUGCUCCGCCCACCAAGGAGCCUACGCGGUGUCAAGGAAGAUAACCCUCCAAGGAUAUUUUUGGCCAACAAUUGUUAAGGAUUGCGCGGAGUUUCACAGCUAUCCCGUUCGCGUGGUGGGGGUGGACCUCGUGGGUGCGCUUCCUAGAGGUACCGGGAACGUGCGCUACGUCAUUGUAGCCAUUGACUACUUCACCAAGUGGGUGGAGGCGGCCCCAUUGGCAAGCAUUACUGGAGCUCAAUGCCAGAAGUUUCUCGCAAAGCAAGUCAUCUGCCGCUUCGGCGUUCCCGAGCACGUAAUCACAGACAAUGGAACACAAUUCGAGUCCAAGCCCUUUAAUGACUUUCUCGAGAGUUGGGGGAUCAAGCACAGUUAUGCGUCGGUUGGGUACCCGCAAACAAACGGGAAGGUCGAGAACGCCAACCGAACGAUAGUCGAUGGGCUGAAGCGAAAGUUGGAAGCUUGUGGAGGGGAGUGGGCAGAGGAGUUGCCCUAUAUCUUAUGGACCUACCGGACCACGCCCCGAAGGGCAACUGGGGAAACUCCUUUCGCUCUAUGCUACGGAUUCGAGGCAAGGGCACCCACAGAGAUCUCCAUCGCAACCCACCGGGAAGAGGUCUUUGACCCCGAGCGCAAUGAGGAAGCCCUGGCAGCCGAGCUCCACCUCGUACAUGAAAA